AUGCUUGGAAAAAUCGCUCUUGAAGAAGCUUUCAAUUUACCAGACAUUGCCGAGGCGAGCAAGGAUGACACUGCUAUUUAUGUAACGGACAUUGAGAGAUACACGAGUGAUGUGGUGGAUAUCACUGGUCAACGUCUUCAACGUAAGGAUCAAUGGGGUGUGGGAUACACUAUUCUAUCCCACACAGUCCCUGGUGUGCAAGGUGAAAGUGAUCCAGCCUCUGCCGAAAAGAUGGCAACGCGUAUCAACAACUACAUUGCCGACAAGAUCAAGAAUCAUCGAACACGCUAUGGUGCAUUUGCUACUUUAUCCAUGCAUGAUCCCAAGCAGGCUGGUGAGGAAUUGACUCGUUGUGUCAAGGAGCUUGGUUUCCAUGGCGCGUUGCUUAACGACGUGCAGCAUGCUGGAUCGGAUGGUGAAACACUACUCUAUUAUGAUCAUCCACGCUACGACGCUUUUUGGAAAGUUGUAUGCGAGCUUGAUGUCCCAAUUUACAUCCAUCCAGCACCUCCUCAAGGUGCUAUUUACGAAAAGCAAUACAAGGAUCGACGUUAUCUCAUUGGCCCUCCUUUAUCCUUUGCCAACAAUGUGAGCUUGCACCUCCUCGGUAUGAUUUCCAAUGGUGUCUUUGAUCGGUUCCCGAAGCUGCAAAUCAUUGUGGGCCAUUUAGGCGAGCACAUUCCUUUUGAUUUUUGGCGUAUCAAUCAUUGGUUUGAAGAUAUUGAAAAACCACUCGGCAUGGUUGCCAAACGCACCCUCAAGGAUUACUUUCAGGAUAACAUUUGGAUCACUACAUCAGGCCACUUUUCCAAUGCCACGCUCAACUUUUGCAUUUCGCAAGUGGGAGCGGAUCGUAUCCUGUUUAGCAUUGAUUAUCCCUACGAAACAUUCGAGGAUGCAUGCGAUUGGUUUGACAACCGCACUGAAAUGAGCAUUGGUGAUAAGAUUGCUAUUGGAAGAGAAAACGCGAAACGUCUUUUAAAGUUGAAGGAUUAUCAGGAUGCCAAUGCUCCCGUUCCCAAAUAG